GUGCCGACAUUUAUCAACGUUCAUUUGACAAGAUUGAUUGCGAGACCAUCAAGAUCGAUCGGUGCGUCAUUUCUAUACGAUCCAAUAUUGUGUGAAAGUAGCCAAAGUAGCUUUUCUUCAGAAAUAAUGGACGACACCAUGUCUUCUACGAUAACGGAGAUGUUUACUACGUUCCAAGACUUCCUGAACAACGAGCAAGAAAUACGCGAGCAAAUCCGUGUCAUUGUGAAGAAUAUUGAGAAAAAUUCUAGGGAUAUACUGAUGACAUUGCAAAAUAUUCAUACAGUACAUCACACAAUGGAGGAAAAUAUAAUUGUAUCAAAAUAUUGUUCAAAAGCAAGAGAAAUAUUUGGGGACAUAAGGAUACAAUAUGCGAGUCUCGCUGAAGUGGUACCAAGCAAUCAGUAUUAUCGUUACCACGACCAAUGGCGUUUUGUCACUCAAAGGCUGUGCUUUCUAGUUGCUCUAGUAAUAUAUUUCGAAAUUAAACUCUUAGUCGACAAGAAAACUGUUGCUGAUAUAUUAGGAGUAAAAAAUAACAGAGAGGAUGGCUUCCAUUUAGAUCUGGAAGAUUUCUUACUGGGUCUGCUUCAGUUAUCUGCCGAAUUGAGCCGUUUUGCUGUAAAUAGUGUCACGAAUGGUCAUUACUAUUGGCCAAUAGAAAUUGCAACAUUUGUUAAUGAGCUGAACGCGGGAUUCCGGCUAUUAAAUUUAAAGAAUGAUAUAUUGAGAAAACGUUUUGAUGCUCUCAAGUAUGACGUAAAAAAAAUUGAAGAAGUAGUGUAUGACUUGUGCAUCCGCGGUUUAGUACCGUCCCCUCGGCCUACUGAAGAAACGCCUACUGAAGAGACGCCUACUGAAUAGAUUUCUGUAUCUUUCCAUAAUAUUUUAAUAUAUUUCAAUUUAUAA